ACCGCUACAUGGUGCUAGUGUGUUGAUGUCCAUAGAAUAACCAAGUUUUCACUUGUAAAAAAAACUAAUUAAGAGGGACAAUUUGUAAACUUUUGCAGUUUUAUCUUUUUAAUUGGACUCUCAAACAUUUUCUCUUUAUACCAUUUGAACGUUUAUGGCUGAAAUAGUUAAAUUUAUUUCAGGUUAAAGUUGUCACGUGGAUACCUAACCUAUGUUUACUGUUUGAAAAAGAACGAUAAUUGUAAUACUAUUAGCGAAAUAAAAAUCCUUAAUGAAAAAUGACAACCGACGAAAAGGUAACCACAGCGGAAGAGAUAUUAAAUGACAGAUUGUCCGAGGUUUCAGACGCGAAUAAUACGAAUGUUACUGUUAAUACGAAGAAGAAAACAAAAGUCAAAAAAGAGAAGUCAUUAGAGCAACAAAUCCCCAAAGGUAAACCAAAGUCUGGUAGAGUGUGGAAGGAAGAGAAGAAAAGAUUUUCAUCUAUUGUGAAAACACGUGGCAUACGGUUGUCCUUCGACAAGAAACAAAAAUUGAGAGAGAAUCUGAAGCACAUUAAGGAGAUGUCGAGAGCGAUAAAAGCGGAGAAACAAGCGCAAAAGGAGGCAAAGAAGGAGAGACGAAGAGCCAAUCUAAAACGUGCAGAAGAGAAUCAAAGGAAGAGUGAAAUUGUACAAGUUAUUACAAACACUGCAAAAUUGAAGAAGAUCAAGAGGAAACAUUUGAGAAUGAUACAGAAAAGAGAUACGCUCAAUCUAUAGAAAAGGUUGCGUUUAUUUGAUUUAUUUAAAAUGUAUAAAAUAUUGUAACUUAA